AUGCAUUCAGAAAAAGGGAUAAAGACCAAUUCCAAUAAUACUCACAAAAUUCAUUCAAAAGAUUCCUUGUAUAUAUUGGCUAAGAAAUUUAAGAAGCUUGGAGAAGAAUCAAAAUUGAAGAAGCAUCACCAUGAUGCUGAUAAAAUAAAUCCCAACACUGCUAACUCAUCAGCUCAAAACGUCGAAAAGAAUGAUACAUCAAUAGAUGAUGGGAUGCAUUUACUAUAUCAAAAUAUAGAGAAAGAAGGUGUUUUUAAGACCUCUCAGAGAAUCUUAGAUGAUAUAUUAACUGAUAUUGCAUUUAUGUCAUUAGAUUCGGAGAAGUCUGAUGACAUUGAUUUUAAAGAUGGUGUAUUAAAUUUACCCACAAUUAAAUAUUCAUUAUGGAGGAAAUACAUCAAACCAUUCAAAAUUAUUUUAUUCAACACCAAUAAUCCAGUAGUUGAUGUCAAACUUCAGCAUAAGUCUGUCACAUCCCCAAAGAACAAUACAAUCACAGAGUUAUACGGAUUGUUGGUUCCCAAAAUUCCAAGACGAAGUGAAUUAAAUACAUUUGAUGAAUAUAUUAGAUCAAAACCUCUAUACAGUAUAAGAAUAACCGUGAAGACCAGACAUAGAUUAGAACAUAAAAAGAAACAUAUUGCUUUGACGCCGUAUUUCCUGCUGGACGAUUUUGAUAAAUUACAUGAAGUUGAUAAGAGUGACUUCCCUAAAUUUAAUAAAGAUUCAAAGGACUUACUAGAUUUUUCAAUAUAUAUAUCAAGUGAUACAAAUAAAAUUAUUCUAAUCGAAAUUUUUAAACCUGCGUUUAAUCAGACAGAGCUAGAUUAUUUACUAUCGUCGGCAUCAGUACUCAAUAGAUCAAACGAACUUGAUAACCUUCACGAAGAAUUGCAGCCUGACUAUAACGAUGCAAUAGUUGAAGAGCAGAUAGAUACAAUUGAAAUACUUCUACACUGUAUAAUGCAAAAUUUGAAAGGGUCACCAGAAAGAGAGCUAGAGAAACAAAAGACGUCCUUUCUUUUAUCAGAUGACGUUAAGUUGGGUACUUACGUUGAUAUAAAAUGGUUGGAAGAGAAUUUUGAUAUUAAGGUUAAGGAACAGAAGAGAAAGGAUCAUGUCUCAAUUACUUUGGAUGAAGCUUUGAAACUUUCCUUUGACGACCCCAAUCCAAAAAAUCAAGCAAAGUUUGACAAAAUUACUAGGUAUGCCAUGGAACUUAUGUAUCUGGGAAAGGUUUUACAAAGUUUUUAUAGUAACGAAGAAGAAAUAGAAGAAUACAUGGAAGAUACUAUCUUUAAACAAGUAAAAGUACAUCAUACUACUUCUUUUUGGACACAAAUACUUAAUGAAUACCAAUCAAUAUUUUCAUCACAGAAAACUAGUACAAGAUGUGUUGACGAGCACUUUAUAAACUUAUGCAUUGACAGUAAUGUUUCGGAAAAAGAUAUUAUCACAAAUUAUGAAAUUCAAUUACGAACAGAUCCAGAUAAUGACAGUAAAUAUUUUGAAUCAUUGAAGUAUGUUUCCAGAAAAUUUCCCGACUAUAUUGUAUUGGAGAAGUACUGUAAAGAAAAUGUUAUUAUUUCUAAAGCUGCUUAUUUACAUGCAUUAGAGAUCUUUAAAUACUCAGAAGAAUAUUUCAAUGCUAUUGAACAUGUUUCCGAAAUUUGGGAUAAAUAUACUGAAUUAGUUCAGAGUAACAACAACAAUGACGAUCAGUAUAGAGUUGACUUGGUGGAUAGUUUUUAUUCAUUGGCAACAGUUAAAAAAUCUAGCCCAUUAAUAUAUAUUACAAAAUAUGAACCAUUUUUCCAUCCAGUGACAGCAUAUUUAAAGUUAAAUGUGGAUGCAAAAUUAGACAGUGAAAACAUAGUACUAGCGUAUACUAUGCAAAUACGAGAAGUUCCUGAACACAAAAUCCAAUUUGAUAGAGCACUAUUUGCCAUUGCCAUCCAGAGGCAUGAUUUAAGUUUACUGUACGUAUUAAAACAAAAUUGCUCAGCAUUCAAUGAGUGUAUCUCGAAUAUUAUUUUAACAAGCGAUGAUGCGUUUGAAAUAAUCGGGAUGCCUAAAACUAGCAGUGAAUUAUCAAUAAUCAACACAUUUACUAAAUAUUGGAAGGAAACUGAUGACAGUAACCCAGUAAACUUUAUACUGGCUUCUGCCGCAUUAAGAGAAGUUUCUAAACAUAGAGCAUCAGCUCUUUUAAGGCAUUUUUAUGAGUUCGGGAAAGUGAACCCAAAGAUGAUCGAUUCUGAAUUAUGGCCAACUGGUAUCAAUAAUAUAGGCAAUACAUGUUACUUAAAUUCCUUAUUACAAUAUUAUUUUUCGAUCACUCUAUUUCGUGAAUUUAUAGAGAAUUAUCAAUCAAUAGAAUCUGACUUAUUGAAUAGUAAUGCCGAGAUGAGUAAAAGAAGAGUCGGCGGCCGUGAGAUUCAGAACAAUGAGAUUAACCGUUCAGUUCAGUUCAUUUAUCAAGUUCAAGAUUUAUUCAAAUUAAUGGUGCACACAAAAUCGAGGAAAGUGACACCCAGUAACCAAUUGGCAUAUUUAGCAUUUGCUCCAAAUAAUGCAGAGAUUAAAUUCAAACAUAAAUCGGAGCUGGAAUCCUCUGAAGAACAUCAACUAACUACUAGUCAUUCCAUCGCAUUAAGUAGUGCAACGUCCAUUAGUCAUUCGGAUAUUGAUACACAGGAUCAUGACAUUAGUUUAAACAGCACGUCUUAUUCCAAUAGACUUGUUGCAAUGGUGACUAGGGAUGAUUUGGAAACUACACUUGAAAUAGGUAACCAGCAGGAUGUCACAGAGUGUAUCAAUACUGUGUUGUAUCAGGUGGAGACUGGAUCCAUGCCUCUCUAUCUCGAUGCAGAUAACGAACAAAUGGAUUUAGUGAAAGAGCUAUUUUAUGGAGAAACCAUCCAGGAGAUUUGCCCUAUUAAGAAAUUUAUCAAGGGACAUGAAAAGCGAGAGUUAUAUUCUUCCCUUUUGGUCAAUAUUCUAGAUUCUCCAACUGAUUUAUAUGAAGUUUUAGACGAGUACUUCGCUGACGAGUACAUGUCAAUGGAAGAAUACGGGGAAGUUAAGAAAACCUUGUCGAUAACGAAACUUCCUACGAUUCUUAAUAUCCAAAUACAGAGAGUGUACUAUGACAAAGAGAAGCUGGUACCUUAUAAAUGCGGGACAGCCUUGCCUUUCAAGAACGAGAUAUUUUUAGACAGGUAUAUUAAGGGCAACAAGAAAGAAAAUGACGUCCUUGAGAAGGCCAGACUGGAAUUAAAACUGGCAAAAGUAAAGUACCGGGAGUUAGUCUCUGAGUAUAAUUCUGUGAACAAGAGCAUAAGUGACAGGAUCAUCACUACUUAUGACCGUAUUGAAGAGCUUAAUGCAGUAAUCGAAGAGGAGGUCACUAAGGAUGCCAAGAUCAGGUACAGCCUUUUUGCAGUAUUCAUCCACCGAGGCCAGGCUUCAUUUGGGCACUACUGGGUCUACAUCCGAGAUUUUGAGAACGGGAUCUGGAGGAAGUAUAACGACCACCAAGUAACGGGGGCACACGAAGACGAGAUAUUCAAGUGUGUCGAUGGCGACAUCUCGACGCCAUACUUUCUUGCAUACGUCGAUUCAUCCAAAAAGAGCAUCGUGAAGCCAUUGGUACGGGACGUCACAAGGGCCAAGUGA